AUGCGAAGACCCCGAGCGGCAACUAGCAAAGUUGCAAAGUACAGAGAUACGGACUCCGACCUGUCCUUUACCCAGACAUUGAGUAGUGAUGAGGACUGUGAGGAAUGGAAGCCACCAGAACCAAAGGCAAAAGCCCCCCAAAAGACUUCCAGUGCAACUGCAGCAGGGGAGAAGAAAGCAGCUGCCAAGAGAACUGCUCAACCAAAGGAGCCAAAAGCACCCAAAGAACCUAAAGCUCCCAAAGUGCCUAAAGAUCCUAAACCAAGGGCACCACGCAAACCUGCAAUACAGCGAAAAACACAGAAAAACACAGAGGCCCCCACAGUUCUGAAGGAUUAUGGUCCAUCUGUGUUGGCUGGAACAAAGAGGAAAAUAAAUGAUGGGAAAAAGGAUGAUAAGACUAGAGAAGACAAAGUGGAAAAACAAACAGACUGUGCAGAGGGAGAGAGGGCUGACGAAAGUGGGCCAAGUAUCAGACUGAAGGAUGAGAGGGUCUCAUUUAUUAUCCCAGAAGCCCAUGAGGCUGACAGAUGGGCAGACGAGGGGCCAUCACUGGCUGGGCUUAGAGCAAAGAAAGAGGAAGCAGAGGACGAGGAUUUCACGUUUGAUGAGCCCUGCCUAAAGAAACAGAAGACCAGUGGUGCCUGUCUGGGACAACCAACUUCUUUACCAUCUUCAGAAGCACAAGCUUUGAGAAAUGAGCUCAAUAUGAACUGGGACUUGACUGAGGUGUUGUCCACCCUGACAUGUGUGGAGCGGUGGGUGUGUGUAAAUAUCAUUUUACUGCUUCGUGAGGAGAACACAGUGCCGUUCAUGGUGCGCUACCGCAAAGAGAUGAUUAACCACAUGGAUGCUGAUGCCGUCCGAGAUGUCCAGAUGGUAUAUGAGGAGUUAUGCACUCUGGCUAAGAAGACCCAGUCUGUGAUUCAGACCCUGAAGAAGGAUGGUGUUUUGACAGCUGAGUUGGAGCAAAACCUGAGGAGCUGCCGAUCAGCUGAUGAACUGGAUCAUGUGUAUUCUCCGUAUAAAAAAGGCAGUAAGCUGACAAAGGCUCGCAGAGCCAAAGCACUUGGCCUUGAGGUGGCUGCCUCGGCACUGAUGAACACACCACACACACUGGAUUUAAGGGCAUGGGUAAAACCUGAUGCUGAAGGUCUGUCAACCGUGGAAGAAGUGGCUACAGGUGUGGAGCACAUCUUGGCUGAUAUGAUAGCCAAAGACCCUGAGACACUCACCUACGUGAAAACAUUGUGUGAGAACAGUUUUGUGACCAUUCAGUCCUCUGUAUCUAAGUCGGCGCUAAAGGAAAAAGAGCAGAAGAACACUUUUCAAAGCCACAAAAAACCCGGGGCCCAGCAAAACAAAAACAUGGACAUUGACAAGUUCCAUCUGUACUUCGACUUCACCAGCAACAUCCAACGCAUCCAGCCCCAUCAGACACUGGCUAUUAACCGAGGGGAGAGUCUGAAGAUUUUGACAGUGAAGGUGAACAUUCCCGACAGGGUGAAGAGUGACUUCACUAGGUGGUGCAUCAACAACAGGUGGAGGCCGAAGACAUUUGCAAGAGAAGAGCUUAAUGCAAUCAUCAGGAAUGGAGUAGAAGACUCUUAUAAAAGGCUUAUUCUGCCUUUCCUCACUAGGAGUUACAGGACUAAGCUGACAAUUGCAGCAGAGAAGGAAUCAAUUGCCAUGUUUGUGCGCAACCUCCGCCAACGCCUGUUAGUCUGUCCAGUCAGGGGCUGUGUCAUCAUGGGGGUGGACCCUGGCUUUAGACAUGGCUGUAAGCUGGCAAUCCUCUCCCCCACUAGUCAGAUUCUCCAUACUGAUGUAGUGUACCUGCAUAUCUCAGGCCAACAAAAAGAAGCAGACAAACUGCGCCACCUAAUGAUCAAAUACAGCUGCACCAGGGUUGUCAUCGGCAACGGGACAGCGUGUCGUGAGACUGAGUCCUUCUUUGCUGACCUCAUCUCCAGACGCUUUUUUCAACCCCUGGACGUGUCCUACUGUAUAACCAAUGAGGCAGGAGCAUCCAUCUACAGCGUGAGUCCUGAGGCAGUCAAAGAGAUGCCAGACUUGGACCCCAACCUUAGGAGUGCAGUGUCCAUUGGAAGACGUGUCCAAGAUCCACUGGCUGAGCUUGUGAAGAUUGAUCCAAAACACAUAGGCAUCGGAACAUACCAGCAUGAUGUAUCUACCGGAGCUCUGAAGGCAGCGCUGGACGGCGUGGUGCAGGAGUGUGUGAGCUUUGUGGGGGUGGACAUCAACAUCUGCUCUGAGACACUGAUGAGGCAUGUAGCAGGCCUGAAUGUGGGCCGGGCGCGGAAUAUUGCAGAGUGGAGAGAGCAGAAAGGUCCCUUCAUCAACAGGGAGCAACUCAAACUGGUCAAAGGCAUGGGGCCCAAGACCUACCAGCAGUGUGCUGGCUUCAUUAGAAUCAACCAGCAAUCCCUACACAGCACCAAAGUCUCACCUCACCCUGUACCAGCAGUGGCAGAGAAACCAGCAGCGAAGAAGAGCAAAGGAAAGACUUGUGUCAAUAUACCAACCUCAUUUAACCCCCUGGACCAGACCUGCAUACACCCAGAGUCCUACCAUGUGGCACAGAGAUUUCUGUCCCUGGUGGGUGGGAGUGCAGACCAUAUUGGGAACGUAGGCCUGCGACACUGUGUGGAGAGCAAGGUUAAGACCAGCAAUGUGGAGGAAUUGGCCAGAUCAGUGGACACUACACCUGAGACCCUCAAGCUCAUCAUAGAUGGCCUCACGCAGCCUCCUGGGUUUGACAUACGACAAAAUUUUGGGCAGGCCGACUUUAAGCGGGGCGUUGUGUCGAUGAGUGAUCUGCGGGUGGGUGCGGUGCUGACGGGCCGCGUGGACAACACUGCUCUGUUUGGGGCUUUUGUAGAUAUCGGUGUGGGCCGAUCAGGCCUCAUCCACAAGAGCAACAUCACCCUGGACAAGCUGCCUGUCAGUCAGCGCCGCCGCAGCCUAGCUCUGGGACCAGGAGAACGGGUGGAGGUCCGGGUCCUGAAUGUGGACCUUCAGAGGGGACGGAUCGGUCUGGAUCUGAUUAGGGUUCUCGAAUAGAGUCACUUAAUUCCCAUAAUUAAUAUUACACAAAGCUACAGAGCAAAUUACUUCAUGAUGGUUACAGUGAUUGUGGAUGAGAACUAAUAUGGUUCUUAUGAUCAGAUAAGAACAAGGCAUUUAAACAGGCAGCCUGUUAAGUGUAUUUAUAGGAAUGGUCCUUUAUUCUUUGUUACAUGCAUUCAACCAAUGUCUGCAUUAUUUGGGAGGGCUUGCAAUUUUUAAUGCAGUAUCUGCUUUUCUUCUGCAAAAAAUGGUUCAGUGAAAGACUGUUUGUUGAUUUCAAUUCAACUCAAAACAGCAGUUACAAGUCCACUGAAAUAAAAUCAAAUCAAACUUCCUUACAGUUAUGUUCAUGACUGGGAGACUUUCUUUUCCCUCAAGUCAUUCUCUCAUGUAGGAUUUAUUCCCAGCCUGAAUAUUACUCCCUGUAUGUUUUUAGGAGUAGUGCUUUGCAUGGAGUUCAACACUAUAUUUGAAUGCCUGAUUCAGGGCAAAAGUUUCCGUUUUGUUCAUCAACUUUCUGGCUGGCUUGCUAUCUGCACACAGUGCUGUUUACUGAUCAGACUGCUUAUUGAGAUGAAACCCAUGACAUUUGCACUUUAGCAGUAAUGCUAAUGACUGUCGCGGGGGGGCAGGCACGGGGAGAACAUACAAACUCCACACAGAAAGACCCCGUGUCCGAGCUGGGACUCGAACCCGGAAUCUUCUUGUUGUGAGGCGAAAGCGCUAACCACUGCACCACCAUGCCGCCUUACAUUUUUAUAAAUAAGAUAAUACUUCAAUGUUAUUCUCAUACUUAAAUAGAUAAAUAAAAAUUCAACUCAUGUUUUGUUUUGUACUGUUGUGAACACAUUUUUGGAUUUGUGUUGUUCAAAGUAGACUUUACAGUAUUUGUGGUAACUUAAACCACCUAACGGACACGACGUGUAAAUCA